AUGAAUGAAAAAAAACCAAUAAAUGUGACAAAUUCUACUAGUCAAUCUAAAUCAAUUGAUAAAAAACAAGAAAUAUCACCUAUUCUUAUUUCGUAUAAUAAAAAUAAUGAUGAGAAAAAUCAAGAAGAUAAUUUUAUUUAUUAUAAUAAUGUUCAACAAUGUAUUCAAGCUAUUGAACAAUCUUCUAUACCCAUAUUUCUCAUAUUAAACAGUACAUCAGCAACUGAUAUUCUUUCUCGCAUUCAUUCAUUAACACAAAUUGAUACUAUUUUUAUUUAUUGUAAUUCAUUACGAGAACAACAAAGAUGUCAAUAUCUUUGUCAACAUUAUUCAAAAAGAUUUGAUCUAUUUAUUGAUCAUAAACAAUUACUUGAUACUAUUCAAGAAAAUAUUCUUCUCUAUAAAAAACAAUCAGGUAAUGAUUAUCUUCGUUUAGCUGAAAAUUAUAAACAAAAAAAUGAAUUAAAUCGUGCACUUAAAUAA